CAGAGAGCCCCGCCUGAGCAUGACCCACCACCAAGGACCCCCAGGCCUUGCCCUGGCCCCCCUGCUGCUGGCUGCACUGCUGGGCGGCCCUGCACUGGCCUCCGAGAUUGUGGGGGGCCGGCCAGCCCAGCCCCACGCCUGGCCCUUCAUGGUGUCCCUGCAGCGGAGAGGAGGACACUUCUGUGGGGCCACCCUCAUCGCCCCCAACUUCGUCAUGUCAGCUGCCCACUGUGUUAACAACUUUAAUUUCCAGACGGUGCGGGUGGUGCUGGGCGCCCACAACCUGGCACAGCGGGAGUCCUCACGGCAGACCUUUGGGGUGCGCAGAAUAUUCGAGAAUGGCUUCAACCCCACAAGCCUGCGAAACGACAUUGUGCUCCUGCAGCUCAAUGGCUCGGCCGCCCUCAACGCCAAUGUGCGGGUGGCACAGCUGCCAGCUCAGGAUCAGAGUGUGCCUGCCGGGACCCGCUGCCUGGCCAUGGGCUGGGGCCGCCUCGGGGACAACCGACCCACACCCAGCGUGUUGCAGCAGCUCAACGUUACUGUGGUCACCUCCUUGUGUCCCCGCACCAACCUGUGCACCCUGGUGCGCCGCCGCAGAGCUGGCAUCUGCUUUGGGGACUCGGGGGGCCCACUGCUCUGCAACGGGGUGGUCCAUGGCAUAGACUCCUACAUCCGCGGUGGCUGCGGCUCCGGCUUCUACCCUGACGCCUUUGCGCCUGUUGCCCAGUACGCAGACUGGAUCAGCUCUGUCCUCCGCAGGGUGGCACCUGCCUGCCAGACCCACUGAGGUGCCCCAUGGCCCCAGCUCCAGGCAACGCCCCCACAAGCAACCUGCCAAUAAAGGACUCCCAUUUUCUAAA